GAUGAAAGCGAGUGGAGGGUCAUCUCCCUCUACCCCUCUCCCUUUGUGAGACAACACCAUGCCGUCAACCGCUGCAACAGCAUAUCAUUCAUCACCAUGCUUCUCUCUCCAGAGUCCAUCAUCCUUACCUUCCAAUUCCCACCAGCCAAACAACCCAUUAACCUCAAAGCCGAAGAACGUCCUCCAGAAGCACCCACUCUAUACACCAGCCCAUUCAAACCUCUCCCUCCAGUUCAAAGAGAAAAUCCUGUGCCUUGAGAUAAUGGGUGUUGACUCUGGUAAGGCACUCUCUCUAAACCCUUCUCUCCACACUGCCACCCUCCAUUCCAUCCACUCCAUCAUCUCCUUCCUCCAAUCGAAAGGCAUUCACCAGAAGGACUUGGGCAGGAUCUUUGGCAUGUGCCCAAAACUCCUCACUUCUAACAUCAGAACUGACCUAAUCCCAGUUUUCAAUUUCCUCUCACAGGACCUGAAAGUGCCUGACCAAAGCUUCAGAAGGGUCAUUAACAAGUGUCCCAGACUCCUUGUUUCUAGUGUGAGGGACCAGCUUAAACCAGCUUUGAUUUUUCUUCAGAGACUUGGGUUUCAGGACCUGGAGGCAUUGGCUCACCAGGACCCUGUGUUGUUAGUUUCCAGUGUGGAGAAGACCUUGAUACCUAAGCUGGAGUAUUUGGUGAGCUUAGGAAUGUCAAGGGCUGAUGCAGUAGGCAUGGUUCUGAGGUGUCCGGGGCUGUUUACUUUCAGUGUUGAAAACAAUUUUAAGCCAAAGUUCGAAUAUUUUGUUGGGGAGAUGGAGGGGAAUUUGGAAGAGUUGAAGGAGUUCCCUCAGUAUUUUGCUUUUAGUUUGGAGAAGAGGAUAAAGCCUAGGCACAUGGAGGCUGUGCAGAAUGGGGUGAAAGUGCCUUUGGCAUUGAUGCUUAAAAGCACUGAUGAAGAGUUUAGGGAGUUGAUGACAAGGCAUGGGGGUGGAUGAGUCAGGUGGAUCUUAUCAUUUCUCUUAUGCGUGUUUCUUGUAAAUGUGGGCUGUCCAUUUUAUGAUGAUGCUAAAAUCAAGGCAUGUUGUUAUUAUGUUUGGGUUUUCCCUUCUUGGUGUGUGUUCUUUUGCAUAGGCUCCAUGAUGAGGGGCUCUUUAAUUACUCUUAUAUCUUGGUGGGCAUCAUAAUCAAGGCAAUGGGUGCUUUCU